AUGGCAUAUUCAUCUCGGCCUACCUCUAUUUUUCCUCCUGGGUCGUCGGCGGCGUCUCUUCGGCAGCCAAGUCAGGUCGGAUCGCAACAGCAAUCAUCAGCUCUUGCAGCCCGUAUUGCAUCAAAAAAAGCAGAGUUGGAUAAUCUGAUUCAACUUCGCGACAUGAGCCAGGCUUUGGCCACGCAAAUGGAGGCCCUCCAAUCUAAGCUUGAAACACUCAAAGAUGGCACAGAAUCUGUGGCAUGCGUACUUGCCAAUUGGGAUAAUGUCCUCCGUGCAAUUACCAUGGCCUCAACCAAGUUGACAACCGUGAAGGGUGUGCCAAAUGAAGAAACGAAUUCCGGUGAUAAAAACAAUCUGUCUUCUGACCCGUCCCUGCCAGCAACUCUGGUUCGAAUCCCUGCAGCCGAACAAAACCAGCUAGGCGAACAAUAG